AUGAUACCUGGCAAUAUACUAUCCGUCUUCCGCCAUCACUACUCCACCCAUCCCCUCAUCACCGCCAUUGAUUCCGCCGGCACCGCCGCCUACCACACCGGCUCCGAUCCCGACCCCCGCUCUCUCGCCACCCUCCGCGCCCACGGCAUUACCGCCUACAGCCACUCCGCGCGGCAGGUACGCGAAGCGGACUUCCUAGCGUUCGACUGGAUCGUGGGGAUGGAUAGGGAGAAUGUGGCAGAUUUGAGGAAGGUGAGGGAGAAGGUGGUAAGGAAGCGGAAGGGGAAGGGUGGGGGCGAGGGGGAGGGGGUGGCGAGGGUGGGGUUGUGGGGGGAUUGGGGAGGCCAGAGGGGGGAGGUGGUGGUGGAUCCGUAUUAUGGGGCGGAUACGGGAUUCGAGGUGGCGUUUGAGCAGAUGGGGAGGUUUGGGAAGGGGUUUGUGAAGGUGUUGGAGGAGGGGGGGUUGGAAUAG